AUGCCUGCCCUGUCACAAGCUGCAAAGAAGGUUGCGAUCGUGACGGGUGCUGCCUCUGGCAUGGGCGAGGCCCUCGCUACUCGGCUUGUUGCUAAGAAUUGGAACGUCGCUUUGUUCGAUGUUAGCGAAAAGGCUGGAACUGGCCAGCUCGGCAAGAAUGCUGCCUUCUUCAAAGCAGACGUGGCUUCGUACGAUUCUCAAGCUCAUGCCUUCAAGUCAGUGUGGUCCAGAUGGGGACGUAUCGAUGCCCUCCUAGCCAACGCAGGCAUUGUAGACCGGUCCUCCGUCUACAUACUUAAGCACAGGGGUGCCGCAGUCAACGAUGUCCCACCGGCGCCGAACAUGGCUUGCACUGAUGUCGACUAUAAAGGUGUGGUGUACGGUACUGUCUUGGCUACACACUUCAUGCGGCACAAUCCUACACCUGGCGGCAAGAUCAUCGCAACUGCCAGUGCGGCGGGCAUCAUACCGCACCCGACCUACGCAGAGUACAAUGGUGCCAAAGCCGCAGUCAUUACUUUCGCUCGGGGCGUGGCGGAUGUGCUGUAUAAUAAGGACAAGAUUGCGUUCAACGUUGUUUGUCCGGGCAUUGUGGCAACCUCUAUCAUCCCGCCUGAGAUGAUUGCCGCUGUGAGCCCAGAGUGUCUCACGCCGGUUGACACCAUUGUCAGGGCGUAUGAGGAGUUUCUCGAUGAAGAGGAGGGCAUGGGUGAGGUUCGACAUGGACAGGUUGUUGAGGGAAGUGCAGAUAAGAUCAUUACGUUGAAGAUGCCAGAGCUAGGUAAUGGAAGGGUAAGUCAGCGAGCAGUAACGGUGUGGGAUCCAUUGUUUGAGAUGAUGCAUGGCGAGAAGAGUGGCUUGCCUGAUGCUAUCCCUUAG